AUCACUUUGGUAAAAGCACCGACGCGACAGCCCAAUUUGACGUCCCAUUUGCCUUUGCACCCUAACGCGUAGAUCCGGGCCCCCACCGCCCGCCCCCUCCCUCCCGCGGCCUAAUUCACUAAAUUCGCCGUCUUCAAUGCUCUCACUGUCCCGCCAACCCACGUUUCUUGCUUUUUAUUACGCCUUCCCUCGGAGUUCGAUCUCCAAUUCAUAUUUUCAUACACCUUCGUAACUCAUUCAUGCGUGCAUUUAGCCAUUAGAUAGCUGGCGAGCGAAGAGCCUGUGCAUGCGGUUUAAUCCCCCACAAUGGCUGGCCGGCAGUACGACUCGUAUCAUCAUCUCUCCAACUUCUUGCCCCAGUUAAUAUUACUCCUGGUGAUCAAUGUCAUCGUGCUUUGUCAUUGCGCUUCGCCAUCUAUUGGUCGGCCGAACUUAGUGGCAGACGCUCCCUCUUCGGCUUUCAUCCGGUCCCUGGAGUCCUCCAUCAACGCCAUACAAAGGGUCACAUCUGUGGUCUCCCGGUUCACCCAUAUUGCUCUUCACGAUUUUCGUCUUUCUAAUGCUGUUUCCGACUGUCUUGAUUUGCUCGAAUUUUCCGCCCAAGAAUUGAGCUGGACUCUCUCCGCUGCUCAGAAUCCCACCGGCAAAGAUAAUAGUACAGGUGACGUGAGUUCUGAUUUGAGGACGUGGUUGGGGGCGGCACUGGGUAAUCAGGAAACGUGCAUGGAAGGAUUUGAAGGCACUAACAGCUUGGUGAAAGCGGCGGUGGCAGGAGGCCUCGACCAAAUCACUUCGUUAGUUCGCGACGUUCUCGCCAUGUUGCACCCGCCGGCAAGAGGCGGCGGCGGUAAGGGUCAUGAUCAGCGGGGACGAAAGCGGAAGCUAAUGAUGAUCAAGGGUAAUGAUAACACACAGGGUCUUGGCCAUGGGUCUGCUUUUCCGCACUGGAUUAGAUCUAAAGACCGAAAACUGCUACAGGCAACUGGAACGCCAUCAAUGGCGGCGGAUGUGGUGGUGGCUGCUGAUGGCAGCGGGAAUUACACGAGGGUGAUGGACGCGGUGUUGGAAGCCCCCGACUACAGCUCGGGCCGCUAUAUCAUUUACAUAAAGAGGGGCGUGUACCAUGAGAAUGUGGAGAUCAAGAAGAAGAAAUGGAACCUCGUGAUGAUUGGCGAUGGUAUGGACCUCACCAUUAUCACCGGCAAUCGCAGCUUCGUAGAUGGCUGGACAACAUUUCGCUCUGCCACAUUUGCUGUGGGCGGGAGAGGGUUUAUGGCACGAGACAUGACCUUCGAGAACACAGCGGGGCCGCAGAAGCACCAGGCGGUGGCACUCCGAUCAGACUCUGAUCUCUCGGUGUUCUACCGAUGCGGGGUGAGGGGCUACCAGGACACCUUGUACGCCCACUCCUUGCGCCAGUUCUACCGAGAAUGUCACAUCAGUGGCACUGUGGACUUCAUAUUUGGGGACGCCACCGCCGUCUUCCAGAACUGCCAAAUUCUCGCGAAAAGGGGGUUGCCCAAUCAGAAGAACACCAUAACCGCUCAGGGACGCAGAGACCCCAAUCAGCCCUCCGGGUUUGCCAUCCAGUUCUCCAACAUCUCUGCCGACUCCGAUCUCCUGCAGAGCAAUACUACUACUACUACGCUGAUCACUUACCUCGGCCGGCCUUGGAAGUUGUACUCCCGCACCAUCAUCAUGCAGUCCUACAUAAGCAGCGCCGUCAGGCCCGAGGGAUGGCUCGAGUGGAACGGGGAUUUCGCCCUUGACACCCUCUUCUAUGCCGAGUAUCUGAACUAUGGCCCCUCUGCCGGACUCGGUAGCCGGGUUAGGUGGGCUGGUUUCCAUCCACUCAACGACUCUUCCCAAGCCGCUAACUUUACGGUGGCUCAGUUCAUUGAUGGCAACUUAUGGUUGCCCCCAACCGGAGUCAGAUACAUCGCGGGUUUGACGAGAACUCAGUACCUGUAGGAGUAGAUCAGUCAGUUCAUGCGAAAAGAUGACGAGACAUUCCAAACUUGCUAGGAGA